AUGUUGGUACAUGGUGUUGCAUUUGUUCAAUUGUGUUUGAUAUUGAUACGGAACCCUGUAUAUGGAUUGGAUUCGCUCAUAUCUAGCAACGCCACAAUGGCUAUAAUAUUGGAUCGGGAAUAUUUGGGAGAUUCAUAUGAAGAUAUUUUAUCUACAAUGAAAGCUAUUGCGGAACAAGUAUUGAGAGAAGAAAUGAAAAACGGCGGAUUAAAUAUUCAAUAUUUUUCUUGGAGUAACAUCAACUUGAAAAGAGGUUUCACAGCUAUACUUAGCAUGGCCAACUGCCAUAAUACUAAACUCUUGCAUGCUGCUGCAGCAGAAGAAGAAAUUUUAGUUAUGGCGAUAACAGAUGCCGAUUGUGCCAGACCUCCAGGUGAUUUUGGUGUAUUAUCAGUACCCCUGUUGGAGCCUGGAUUUGAGAUGGCACAGAUUCUUCUAGAUAUGCGAAGUGGAAAAGGUCUUGACUGGAAGUCUGCAAAUAUAAUACAUGAUGAUACUUUGAAUCGUGAUAUGGUAAGCCGUGUAGUAACAGCUUUAUCAUCUGAAUUACCGGAUGAAACUACUGCUCCUACCGCAGUUUCUAUAUUUACUAUGAGGGCUGAAAAACACGAAAAAGAACGCAGAGAGGCUAUAAUUGAACUAUUAGCCAAUCUCCCAAUGGGACGUAUCGGAAAGACUUUUCUUGUUAUUAUUGGUCGCCAGCAAUUGGAAUCAUUUAUGGAUAUUGCUGCAGAGUUGAGAAUUGUUAACACUUUGACGCAAUGGUUGUACGUUGUUGCAGAUAGUGAUGCCAUUCGCGAUCCUGUUUUGAAGUUCAGCAAACGUAUAGGAGAGGGUUUUAAUAUUGCUUUUGUUAGUAACUUUAGCAGGCCUUCUAGGCAAGAAUGUCAGAUGGGUAGAGAAUGUUAUAUGCGUGAAUAUUUUCGUGGAUUUAUUCAUGCUUUGGAUAAAUGCAUUGCUGAAGAACGAGAGUUGUAUAACCAGGUAUCAGACGAAGAAUGGGAAUCAAUUAGACCUAACAGACGAGAAAGAAGAGAUGCUCUUCUUAAACAUAUGAAGAAAUUUAUUAAACAAAAGAGUGAAUGUGGAAACUGUACCAGAUGGAUGCUUCGGUCUUCGGAAACUUGGGGUCGCGCUUACAUUUUAGAUGAUACCGAAGUCUCCGAUUCUCUUAUGAACGUAACAAAUAAUUAUUUAUAUUUCAUAUUUGUAAACAUUCAAUUAAUACAGGCAGGAUUUUGGCGACCUACCGAUGGCUUAUCAAUGACUGACUACUUAUUUCCUCAUAUAAUGAAUGGUUUUCGGGGAAAAGUAAUGCCUAUUGUCACAUAUCACAACCCACCAUGGCAAAUAAUAGCAUAUAAUGAAUCUGGAGUACCCGCACAAUAUAAAGGUGUCGUGUUUGAUAUAAUGGAUCAAUUGUCAAUUAAUUUAAAUUUCAGUUACAGUGUUACGAUUGUUCCAGUUGAUAAAAAGAACGACACUAAAGACAAAGAUAAAGAUAAACAAUUUGGGCCUAAGGAAGCACAUGCAAAUGUUACUAAUGCCACUUCAGCCCUCGGUCUGCCGCAAGAAUUCCCAACCUACCAACUCCCACCAAGCCUACUGAAGGUCGUGAAAUCAAAUAGGGUUUUAUUGGGAGCAGCAGCUACAACAAUUGAUGAAAAGAAAAAGGCAAUGGGUGUCAAUUUCACCAUGCCAAUUAGUGUGCAACCUUACUCAUUUUUAGUGUCUAGACCAGGAGAGUUAUCCAGGGCGCUGCUCUUUAUGCUUCCAUUUACAUAUGAUACGUGGCUGUGUCUUGGAUUCUCAGUUAUAGUAAUGGGACCCUUAUUGUAUAUAAUGCAUAGAUUUAGUCCAUUUUAUGAAUAUUAUGGAGUAGCUAGACAAGGAGGAUUAAAAUCCAUGCAAAACUGUUUGUGGUAUAUGUAUGGCGCUCUACUCCAACAAGGUGGUAUGCAUCUUCCUGAAGCAGACAGCGCAAGACUUAUUAUUGGUACUUGGUGGUUGGUGGUAUUAGUAGUAAUUACAACUUAUUGUGGUAAUCUUGUUGCAUUUUUAACGUUUCCUAAAAUUGAUAUUGCUAUCACGUCGGUCGAACAAUUGAUAAAAAACAAAGAAACCGUAUCGUGGACGAUUAGAAAAGGCACAUACUUAGAAUAUCACCUCAAGACAACAGAUCAACAAAAAUAUACGGAUCUACGACGCGAUGCUCAGUUUGCUGAUUCCGAAAAUGAGGACAUGAUUGAGAUGGUCCGCCAAGGAAAACAUGUCUUUGUUGAUUGGAAGAUAAAUUUGCAAUACAUAAUGAAAAAAGAAUUUCUUCAAACCGAUGGUUGCGACUUUGCUUUAUCGUCUGAAGAAUUUAUAGAUGAGCGGAUAGGUAUGCUCAUAAACAAAGAUAGUCCAUAUCUUCCAGUAAUAAACCAAGAAUUGAAAAGGAUGCACCAGAUGGGGCUGAUACAGAAAUGGCUUGCUUCUUACCUCCCAAAAAAGGAUCGUUGCUGGAAUAGUGGUAAAUCAUCAGAGGUCCAAAAUCAUACUGUUAACAUGGACGAUAUGCAGGGCUCAUUUUUUGUACUUUUUCUUGGAUUUUUACUAGCUGGUUUUGUGAUAUCUGCUGAAUUUCUAUAUCACAAGAGAAAAACAAAAAAAGAAAAAGCAAUUAUAAAACCUUUUGUGCCAUAA